AUGGCACAGGCUACGAUGGUGUUUUGCUUCGUUUUCCUCAUCUUUCUCUAUUGUGGCAUCAACAUCAAUGGAGGGAGAUUUGAGCCACAAUCGUCUUCUUUAUCACAUCCUUCUUCUUCUCGUGAGUAUGGUGGGAGCGAAGGAGUAGAGUUCACACAUGCACGGAUCCAAAAGAAAGGGCCAAUCACUGCUAUUAGGAUCCGAGCUGUCUGGCAUUUCAUCGUGGGCCUCCAGAUCCGAUAUGGCCAGCAAUGGAGUAAAUACGUGGGUGGCCCAUUUGGAAAACUGCAAGAGGUCCCAUUGUUCCAAGGCGAAUACAUUACCCAAAUCAGAGGGAGUUAUGGCACCUAUCUUCACAAACUCGAAUUUAUCACUGAUCAACGGCGCCAAUUAUCCUUUGGACAGGACCGGGGCAUCCUUUUCAACGCAAUUCCACCCCAAAAGGAUGCUGUUUUGCGGUACCUCAGUGGCCGCUCUGAUUAUUUCAUUAAGGCCAUCCGUUUCCACUGGGAUGUUAAACCCGGACAAAGAGAGGAGUGAAAACAGCAACGGACAAGGACACUGAGCUUUAGACCAGUGGUUCUCAACCUGUGGGUCCCCGGGUGUUUUGGCCUACAACUCCCAGAAACCCCAGCCAGUUUGUCAGCUGUUAGGAAUUCUGGGAGUUGAAGGCCAAAACAUCUGGGGAC